GGCAUUGGUUAUAAGGGCCCCUUCAAACUCAUGCCCUGAGCUUGUCAACAGGUGUCAGAGAGAGAAGAAAUAGAGUGACAGAUUCUCAGGCUUUCAGAGGAGGGAGUCACAGGGAACUGCAACGCCAUGACCACUAGACUUCACUGGCUCACAAGAGCCCUAUGCCUGAUAAGCAUACUGUGCACUGUCACUUCCAAGUAUGUGACAGAAGAUUAUUCAUCCCCCGCUGAGAAAGAAGUCACCUUCAGCCACGUCUAUAAGAUUGACCUGGCCAAGAGCCCUGAGUGUAAACUCGCCUUGCAGACCCUCCCUUCCCAACAGGACCAGUUUUCAGGCCUGCAAGAGCUGGAAGGGGGCACUACUCUGGAGGGGGAAAACAACAUAGUUUUCAGGCACCAAAUCAACCUCAAGACCCCAAAGUGUGACUGUGAUGAGUCGGAGAGCUUUACGUCUCUGCUGUACAGAGUCAACGGGCUGGAGGAGGAGGUGGAACAUCUGAAGAGUCAGUGCUCCCAGGGCUGCUGUGGUGGAAAAGGUGGUGGAGCAGGAGGUGUGGACACUAGCUGUAGUGGCCACGGGACCUACCAGCACAACACCUGCAGUUGUCAAUGCAACCCUAGCUGGGAGGGUCCUGACUGCUCCAUUUCCACCUGUCCUGAUGAGUGCAACGACAACGGCCGCUGUGUGGAUGGCAAGUGUGUCUGCCACGCUGGCUAUACGGGGAGUGACUGCAGCCAGCUGAUGUGCCCAGGCGACUGCAACGAUAAGGGACACUGUGUGGACGGCAAGUGUGUCUGCCACGCUGGCUAUACGGGGAGUGACUGCAGCCAGCUGAUGUGCCCAGGCGACUGCAACGAUAAGGGACACUGUGUGGACGGCAAGUGUGUCUGCCACGCUGGCUAUACGGGGAGUGACUGCAGCCAGCUGAUGUGCCCAGGCGACUGCAACGAUAAGGGACACUGUGUGGACGGCAAGUGUGUCUGCCACGCUGGCUAUACGGGGAGUGACUGCAGCCAGCUGAUGUGCCCAGGCGACUGCAACGAUAAGGGACACUGUGUGGACGGCAAGUGUGUCUGCCACGCUGGCUAUACGGGGAGUGACUGCAGCCAGCUGAUGUGCCCAGGCGACUGCAACGAUAAGGGACACUGUGUGGACGGCAAGUGUGUGUGCUUCAGCCACUUCACUGGCGAGGACUGCAGCCAACAGAACUGCGAUCCUGACUGCAUCCAUGGCAGCUGCGUGAACGGAAUGUGUAUCUGUGACGAAGGCUUCUUUGGGGAAGACUGCUCUACAGUGUCGGGCCCUAACGGCCUGCGUCUGGUAAGGGUGACUGAUAAUUCUCUGCUGGUGGAAUGGGAGGCUGUGAAAGCAGCAGAGUACUACAUCCUGACCUGGCACCCUGAGGGCAAUGAGGCAGAGCUGGAGCGGUUCACCGUGCCCAACACAGAGACCUCCUACCUGAUCACAGGACUCAGCCCAGGUGUCUCCUACAUAGUGCAGGUGUACGCUGUCAUCAAGGAGAUCCAGAGCGAGGGGGACAGGAUCGAGGCGACCACAGAGGUGUCUGGUAUUGAUGGUAUCCGGGUAUUGGGCCAGACUGAGGACUCUAUCCAGGUGGACUGGCAGAACCCUGCAGCACCUCUGGACCACUUCAGACUGACCUAUGCUAACCCUGACGGGCAGGAGGAGGAGCAGAAUGUACCAAUGAGUGCAGAGGCCAGGACCACCCACACCAUCGUAGGACUGCACCCUGGCACUGAGUACCUCAUCACAGUGCAAGGCAUCAAAGGGACCAUCGAAGGGAAAGCCUCCUUCGCCACCGGGGUCACAGAUCUUGACGAUCCUACAAACCUCUUGACCAAAGAAGUGACAGAGGAUACCGCUACCGUGGAAUGGCAGAAGAUACAAGCAGAGAUCGACGGCUACCUGAUCAGCUACAGCUCUGCUGAGGGCUCCAGUGGGGAGAUCCCUGUUGGGGCAGACAGCACCUCCUACAGGCUGACUGGGCUGAAGCCUGGAGUCCUCUACACAGUCUACAUCUGGGCUGUCAAGGGCUCCCGGGUCAGCAGGAAGAGCUCCACAGAAGCUGAGACAGAACUAGAUGUUCCUACUAACCUGUUGACCAGAGAAGUGACAGAAGACACAGCGACAGUAACAUGGGAUAAAGUCCAGGCUGAAAUCGACGGCUACCUGAUCAGCUACAGCUCUGCUGAGGGCUCCAGCGGGGAGAUCCCUGUUGGGGCAGACAGCACCUCCUACAGGCUGACUGGGCUGAGGCCUGGAGUCCUCUACACAGUCUACAUCUGGGCUGUCAAGGGCUCCCGGGUCAGCAGGAAGAGCUCCACAGAAGCUGAGACAGAACUAGAUGUUCCUACUAACCUGUUGACCAGAGAAGUGACAGAAGACACAGCGACAGUAACAUGGGAUAAAGUCCAGGCUGAAAUCGACGGCUACCUGAUCAGCUACAGCUCUGCUGAGGGCUCCAGUGGGGAGAUCCCUGUUGGGGCAGACAGCACCUCCUACAGGCUGACUGGGCUGAGGCCUGGAGUCCUCUACACAGUCUACAUCUGGGCUGUCAAGGGCUCCCGGGUCAGCAGGAAGAGCUUCAUUGACGCUGAGACAGAUCUGGAUGCUCCUACUAACCUCUUUACCAGAGAAGUGACAGAAGACACAGCUGAUGUGUCGUGGGACAGACCUUUAGCAGAUAUUGACGGCUACCUGAUCAGCUACAGCUCUGCUGAGGGCUCCAGUGGGGAGAUCCCUGUUGGGGCAGACAGCACCUCCUACAGGCUGACUGGGCUGAGGCCUGGAGUCAUCUACACAGUCUACAUCUGGGCUGUCAAGGGCUUCCGGGUCAGCAGGAAGAGCUCCACAGAAACGGAGACAGAAAUUGACGCACCAAAAAACCUGAAAGCAUCGGAUGUUAAACUGAAUGUAGCUAACCUGACCUGGACUGCUCCCUUAGCCAGAAUCGAUGGCUACAUCCUCACAUUGAGAGCUGAGGAUGGCAGUUUGAAGGCUGUGGAGAAGACGCUGAGGGCAGGAGAGAGCAGCUUUGCCAUGUCGGGCCUGGAGAAAGGAAAGAACUACAUUGUUACCCUCCUUGCUUACAGAGGACCAAAGAGGAGCAGAGUGAUAGAGAUCACAUUCAAAACAGUGGGUUUGUUGUACCCAUUCCCCAUGGACUGUACUCAGAUUAAGAAGAAUGGUAACAUGGCAAGUGGAAUCUACACCAUUUACGUCAACAGUGAUCGCACCAAGCCCAUGGAGGUGUACUGUGACAUGGACACUGAUGGCGGUGGAUGGGUGGUGUUCCAGAGACGCAACAAUGGACAGAUGGACUUCAUGAAGCGCUGGAGACAGUACAUGGCUGGUUUUGGGAAUAUGACUGAUGAAUUUUGGCUUGGUCUGGACAAUAUCUAUGAGCUGACCAAUACUCCGACGCAGUACGAGCUGCGAGUGGACCUUGGUGUGGGUUCAGAGAAGGCCUAUGCUGUCUAUGACAACUUCAAGAUAGCCCCGGCUAAGCAGAAGUUCAAGCUGACCAUCGGUGAAUACAGUGGAACAGCAGGCGAUGCCAUGAGCUACCAUCAAGGUCACCCCUUCUCCACGGUUGACAAUGACAAUGACAUUUCUCUUGGUAACUGUGCCCUGACACAUCGUGGUGCAUGGUGGUACAAAAACUGUCACCUUGCCAACCUCAACGGCAAAUUCGGAGACAACAGACACAGCAUGGGUGUGAACUGGGAGCCAUGGAAGGGUCACCUGAUGUCUCUUGAUUUCACUGAGAUGAAGAUUCGGCCUGUGGGCACUGCCAGGAAGAGGAGGUCGCUUAGAAGCAGUACAGCUCCCAGAAAAUAGUCCCUCUGAUGAACUAAAGCAGUCAAUGGGAACCUCAUUACAAACCAGGCAAAGUAGCUAGAACCUCAAACCAGGAACAUCAAUCUAUCUCAAGAUUAUUGUAACUUACUUUAUGUUAACAUAUCAUAUGGCUGCAGCCAUAAACGUCUUUAUUUUUCAUAGGAUAUUUGUAUUAUAUUGGUUUAUUUCAUAUAUAUUAUGAACAAGUGAACUGCAACUUUCACUGUAUAGCAUUAUCACAUGGGCAAAGUAAAAGGAUUUCGUAUCUUGGCUCUGUCCUAAAGCAGCAUUCCUCGCAGACGUAGAUUCUUAGCAAAUGACCUCUGUCCUAUUGUACUGUAUAUGAUUACAUUUUAUGCUCCAUGGCAUAAAACGGUCACCAUAUUCAUAACACUGUCUGCUCCUAUUAUGCAUAAUCAGUUAGAUUACCCAAUGAUACCGUGUUUUUAGAAUAGUUAUACUGCUCUUGUUCACAUUCAUAACAUAGCAUAGACCCUGACUGUCUGUUCUACGUUCUGGUCUCUGGUCUACCCAGCCUACAGAGUUAGCUACAUUUCACAUUUCAGAUGUUAUGCAUAAGAAAUAGAAUGUAUGACAUGCUCCUUUGUAAGAUUGUAUUUUCAAGUGUGUAUUGUAAUUGUGUCAUUCCACAAAGAGUGCCUUUUGGGUCCCUUUGAUAUUUUAAGUAGAAAUUAAAAGCCUGCUAUAUUAAAUGAAGUGCCCUUUAAUAUAGACCACAUGGAGAAUUCAAUCAAUCGGAUUCCUAAAAUGAAUAUAGGCUUGCUAAAGUUCCAAAAUUCAGCAUUUUGACAUGUCCCUCCAUCCACCCUGUAUCACUUCUAGGACGAUUUUAACCGACUUAAUUCCAAAAUGUCUCCAAGUUUUACCAUCAUUUUAAAGCCCUACUUAAAGUGUUGCUAUGACAGUCAUUUCUGAAGACUAUUAUGUAUUUCACGUGAUUAGUGAUUCAUUUACAUCUGUCCCUCGUUUUAAGGUCAACACUGUUAUGUGAACUGAACAUGGUGAAACUAUUCCUUUUCAAAUAUUUUUUUGCAGAAGAAACAUUGAAUAUCUAAUAGUCAAAUCAUAGAGUAAAAGCUUUUAUUGGCCAUUUUCUGGUGUUUUGUGGUGUCAAGCA